GUUUUGCUGUGAAUCAUGGAGCUAAUUGGCUAGGCUAUAUUCUGGGUUUGGCUGUGUGAAUAAGGUAAUUGUCGUGCUGACACGUCAAGAGGAUCUCGCCUAAUGUCGCGACUCAGAUGACACUUUGGGAAUAGCUGGUUUACAAUUGAUUGAAUAGCACAUGGGGUGUUGAACGAGUUAGUGAAUGCUCUUACUAGACCUGUAAAGUUUGCCGUAUCAGCUGAACGCUCGUCUCACGCACUAAAAUGAGACUUUAUCACAUUCACCAGACGGGGUGACUAACCUAUCGAUCCUAGCGGAUAUAUUUCUAAAUGUCAACAUGUGCCUCAUGUAGUAGGACUUCGAGCUUAUAGAGUCAUUGUCUGCACUCCUCUGCUUAUGUCAUCAUGUCACUUAUGCUGCAUUACACACACUCUCAUUCUUCAUUCUUCCUCUGAGCAGUGUGUGUGUAUGUUUUGUUGUAAGGAGUGUAACCUCAGAUAUUAUGAGCUGUAAUGUGUGUAGUGUUUCUUAUGAAAAUGGUAUCGCAGUUGGCCAGGACUGCUCCUCUGGACUGAAUCUUUUGUGUGUAGCUGUCAAUGUGACGGGACAAAACUCUACCGACACCACUAUGGGUCAAGACAGAGGGAAGUAUGAUUUCUAUAUAGGCCUCGGCUUGGCCAUAAGCUCCAGUAUAUUCAUCGGAGGUAGUUUCAUCUUAAAGAAGAAAGGACUCCUUCGACUGGCCAGAAAAGGCUCUAUGCGAGCAGGCCAAGGUGGUCAUGCAUACUUAAAAGAAUGGCUUUGGUGGGCCGGCUUGUUAUCAAUGGGGGCUGGUGAAGCUGCCAAUUUCGCUGCAUACGCCUUUGCCCCUGCCACUCUCGUCACUCCUCUCGGGGCCCUCAGUGUGCUAGUGAGUGCGGUCUUGUCUUCAUACUUCCUGAUGGAGAGGUUGAAUCUUCACGGGAAGCUUGGCUGUUUGCUCAGUAUCCUGGGAUCCAUUACCAUGGUGAUACAUGCACCUAAAGAGGAGGAGAUCGACAGCCUGAAAGAUAUGGCCAAAAAACUGGUCGAUCCAGGCUUUGUGGUCUUCGCGACAGCUGUCAUCAUCGUAGCUCUCAUUUUCAUCUUCGUAGUGGGCCCACGCCACGGGCAGACCAACAUCCUGGUGUACAUCACUAUCUGCUCUGUGAUUGGUGCCCUUUCUGUGUCUUGCGUAAAGGGAUUGGGCAUUGCCAUUAAGGAGGCCAUUGCUGGAAAGCCAGUAGUGCAAAACCCUUUGGCUUGGCUGCUGAUCCUGAGCCUGAUAGCCUGUGUCAGUACACAGAUCAACUACCUGAACAAAGCACUGGACAUAUUUAACACCUCUCUUGUCACACCCAUCUACUAUGUGUUCUUCACCACCUCAGUGCUGUCGUGCUCAGCCAUAUUGUUCAAAGAAUGGGAACACAUGGGUGCUAAUGACAUCAUCGGCACAUUGAGUGGCUUUGUCACCAUUAUCGUUGGCAUCUUCCUAUUGCACGCUUUUAAGGACAUUAGUAUUAGCUUGGCGACACUUGCUGUGUCCAUUAGGAAGGAGGAGAAGAAUGGGCCUGUAUCAAAUGGCAUGGCAGCUCACAACCACUCCACUUAUGAGCUGCUACAUAAUGAAGUCACAGAGGACAUUGAUGAUAGAGAGAUGGGAUUGCCAUUUGACAGCAUCUCCAGAAGAAAUGGCACUAUGACAGUGUCUUAGGGCCAAA